AAGGACAAAAAUAAUGAAAAAUAAUGAGACUUGUGAAAAAGUCGAAUUUUGUCGGUUCAAAAUGUCAGGGGCCUGUAGUUGUAGCAUUUCCAAACGAUGAAUGAUCAUAAUCCGCUGCAUUCCAAGUGAGAAGCUUUAUAUUUUAUGACAACGGCAUAUUGGGGGCAUUGGCAGAGCCAUGAACCAAAAUCCAUCUGUGCUUGGUCGACCUUCUUCAAGUAAAAGAAGAUUAAAAGACCUUUUACUACAAAGUGAUAAUCGUGUAUGUGCUGAUUGUGGUGCUCCUGAUCCUAAAUGGGCAUCAGCCAAUAUUGGAGUUUUUAUUUGCUUAAAGUGCUGUGGUGUGCACAGAAGUCUUGGCACUCACAUAUCAAAGGUCUUGUCUGUGACUCUAGAUGAAUGGUCAGAUGAUGAAGUUGAUGGAAUGGUUGAGGUUGGAGGAAAUGCAUCUGCAAAUUCAAUUUACGAAGCUUAUAUCCCUGAAGGAGUUUCAAAGCCUACUCCAGAUGCAGGUCAUGAGCAGCGCUCUUCAUUUAUCAGGUCUAAAUAUGAGCUUCAGGAAUUUUUAAAGCCUAGCCUGCGAAUUUCAUCAAAACAAAAAAGGCAAUCUCUUCCAGCUGCAGAUGGUUUUCGAAGUUCAAGUUCAACACAGAAAUCUGAAGGUUUAGUGGAAUUCAUUGGAGUAUUGAUGAUUAAAGUAAUGAAAGGCACAAACUUAGCUGUCCGAGACAUGUUCUCGAGUGAUCCAUAUGUUGUUUUGACUCUUGGGCAACAGAAAGCACAAACCACUGUGAUGAAGAGCAGUUUGAAUCCUAUUUGGAAUGAGGACCUCAUGCUUUCUGUUCCUCAAGAUUAUGGACCAUUAAAGCUGGAAGUUUUUGAUCAUGACACAUUUUCAGCAGACGAUAUAAUGGGGGAGGCCGAGAUCGACAUUCAGUCUCUUGUGACCUCUGCAUUGGGAUUUGGUGAUCCCGAAAUGUUUAGCGAUAUGCAGAUAGGGAAGUGGCUGAAAUCGCCUGACAAUGCACUAAUCGAGGACAGCUGUGUAAACAUCGUUGAUGGGAAGGUGAAACAAGAAAUGAAGCUCAAGCUGCAGAAUGUAGAAUCAGGAGAGAUAGAUCUGGAACUAGAGUGGAUGCCUCUUGAUCAAUAAUGUCUCUGUGUAUAUAUAUAUAGAUUGGAUUGCAUUGUUUUCCAGCUUCCUUUCUUUCUUUGCCUUUGGGCAUGAAUAAAUUCUUCUCCUGAACUAUUGAAUCAUGAAAUGGAUUAUGUUUCAGUUGGAUACUAAUAAUAAAGAAAUGGGUUUUUCCCCU